AUGGAUCAUGCGGGAUGCCGAGCCUAUGCUCUUAUCGCCGCCUUGGCACCGCCGCUUCUCGCAAUGCAAACUCGGAAGUCAUUAAUACCACACCGACGAGAUGUCAAUCGGACCCUGCAAUUUACAGAGGAUGGUACAUUUCAAAUCUCAGUCUUCAGUGACUUGCAUUUUGCCGAAGAUGACGGAUCCGACAACAAAUCCAGAAAGGUCAUGGAAACCGUUCUCUCAUCAGAAGAUGCACAGCUCGUCGUGUUGAAUGGAGACCUAAUAUCUGGGGAAGCGAUACAAAAUGCAAACUCUUCCAGCAUAUACGUUGAUAGGAUUGUUGCCCCAAUAAUUGACAACGACUUACCAUGGGCAUCGACAUACGGGAACCAUGACAGUGAAAUCAAUCUUGAUCCCGAGGAUAUUUUUCUCCGAGAAAAAAUAUAUCCAAAUUCUUUAACGCAAAAGCGGGUGUCGAACUCUACUGCUGGGAUUACGAACUAUUAUCUACCUGUAUUUGCACACGGUGCCUCGAACGAUGCAACGCCAGAGUUCAUCUUGUGGUUUUUUGAUAGUCAGGGUGGUCACUAUCCUAUUGACAAAAACUAUAACGGGACAUCAGUCCCAAGACAGAAUUGGGUCGAUGAUUCGGUUCUGCACUGGUUCAAAAAUGCUAAAGCCAACCUAACAUCCACAUAUGGUGGCCCUAUCCCAUCUAUAGCCUUCGUCCAUAUCCCAGUCUAUCCAAUGCGCGCAUUCCAAUUGGCUGGUGUCAGCCCAAGCAAGGAACCAGGAAUCAACGGCGAACGAGUCCAGCAACAAGGCUACGGCAACGAUAACAUCAAUUACGAUUCCCAGGAUAGUCCGUUUAUUCAAGCGUUGUUGAACACCACGGGACUUGUAGCGACAUUUAGUGGCCAUGAUCAUGACAACGACUGGUAG